AUGGCAGAAGUCCUGCCUGCUCAAGGCGACGGCCAAUCGUACUUUGGUGGCAGUCCACUGCGCGGACCAUCGCCUUCCCAGUCUCCGUUUCUUGUGGGCUCUUCAGCACAGUACACCUCAAGUCGGAAACCGAGGUAUUCCCAACAUAUCUCACACUCGCUCUCUGCCUCACUACCGUCGUCGCCCCAGCACUCGCAGGUCGAUCUUCCUCAUCCGUCUUUUCACUCGAAACCAGAGAGCAGUAUCUCGCUGAAUACUGAUUGCGAUGGAAACGAUGCCAUCUCGUUUCCCACUUAUGACGGAGACAACACCUUUCAUCACGAUGAGGAUCUGGAGCCUCCGCCGAGUCCGGUAACGGAUAACUCGUACACUGUACCUUCGACGGCAACUUCACCCACAAGCGAGAGCACGCCCGGCAGCACCUCGAUAGUGGACCAUUUACCGGUCGCAGAAGACGACACAGCAAUCAAAACGGAACCGUCGAGACAUGUCGACUAUCUUUCACACGACUGGCGGGAGGAGGACAUAUGGUCAUCAUGGAGGCAUAUCGUUUCUCAGCGGAAAAUGUACGGAGAACGAUCAAGGCUCGAGAAUGCCUCUUGGCGGACGUGGGCCAAGUCCAAGUACAAGCUAAAAACCGUGUCGCCGGAGACACUCAACUGGCUGAAGGAUUGCGAUGUUACAUGGUUGUAUGGCCCUCUGCAGGAGGCGCCGAGAAAACCAUGGGGCCAGCAUAUUUACGAACCACAGAGCCGCAUAUCGAAGAACAACUCAUUCAUCAACAAAAAGCCAAUCCUGAAAAAGAGAAGCAUGUCAGAAGUCAUGUUACAGAAAUCGAUAUCCGCCUCUUCGCUUUUGAAGCAAGCGGCCGCCGCAGUUCAGGCUCAACAAAAUUCGUCGAUACAUGGCCGGGUACGGGGGCGACCGAUCCUGGGCCGAGUCAACUCAGACGUUGCAACAUCGUCCAUUCCAUCAAGGACUAUUAGCAGGGACCCCACCGACUACUUCUCCUCCUCACGUUCCUCUACAUCCGGCCUCGAUACGCCCGAACUCGAAAAGAAGCACAUUCGAUUCGACAACAAAGUCGAGCAGUGCAUAGCUGUGGAUUGUCAGCGCUGCGAUUACGACGACGAGGAAGAUGAAAACAACUACGUUUUCCGCAGCGGCGAAGACGAAGAUUCCGAUGGAGGCGUAGUGAUGAUGAAGAAGUCAAAGAAGAGGCGGCAGCCCAAACGAACGAGCUCAAGGGGCAGCGCCACGUCGGAGAGCAAGACGAUUGCCAAGCUCCCGUCCACCACACUCAAAUACCGCACAGACUCCCCAGAUAUGUCUGAGCAGCACUCGAUACCAUCACCAAACUUCUUCCGCUCGAGCAAGCUUUCGCCUUCCCCAUCGCAAGAAACGCUACGGCCAGCAAACCCUUCGAAGAACUUCCUCAUCGGUGAUGACGACGAUGACGACCUGGACGUGCCAUGGGAACCUUCGGGAGCUUUCUCGAAUCGUCGGGACAGCGUCGCAGUUACUCAGAAUCGCAUGUUGAGCCCCGGAGAUGAAGACGAGCGAAGAGAAGGGUCUGGCGGGCUGCGACGAACACCAUCCGGCAUGUUCAUGCCGUACGAGGACGACGAAGACGACAUAGUGGCGGCAGGCUUGUUCGGCAAGGUCGUCGAUACGGUGAACACUGCCAAGGAUAUCGCUCAUGUGAUCUGGAAUGUGGGCUGGAGGAGAUGA